AUGCCGCUCUAUCGUAGAACACUCGCAGCGGCGUGUGUCCUCGCUCCUCUUUUCUACGUCUAUUGGUUGAGAUUUACGAAUUAUGAUCGAAUAGGUGGUUUUGGGGGCUGGUUUCCUAGUGAAGAUGUGUUCAACAAAACUCUAGGGUUCUCAAAGAUACUCGUCAUCAAUCUUCCGUCUCGAACCGAUCGCCGAGAUUCAAUGGCUCUAGUAGGAGCUGUUAGCAACCUCACCUUCACCUGGAUUGACGGCGUAUCAGGCGACCAAGUAACGGAUCUCGCGGCCCAGUUUAGUACUGAAGUACGCUCUUCUGGCUCGAGGGGGUCCUGGAGAUCCCAUAUGAACGCGCUACAUGCCAUUGUAAAGGACAAUCUUGAAAGCGCGCUGAUUUUGGAGGACGACAUCGACUGGGACAUACGCCUGAAGUCUCAACUGCACACCUUUGCGUCGGCAUCGCGAACAUGGUUGAGAGAGUCAAAGUCUGAUAAGAACCUAGUUAGGUUGCUCGAUUUUGCCCCACUUUCACUACAGAAAGAAGAUGAUGGGACAGCUAACAUGGAAUAUCAAAAGGACACGAUCCAACUCAAUCCAAAUAUGGGUUAUAAUGGCCAUGCCCAUAAAAGUCCAUACGGUGAGGAUUGGGACGUUCUCUGGCUUGGACAUUGCGGUACCGAUUUUCCCUCUGACAAGCCUCAAGUGAACCCCUUAAAAAUCACAAUACCGGGGGAUGACACAGUCCCGGCUCCUCGACACCUUAAACCUCACCCAUUCGCUUUACUAGACAAGCUAGGAGAGAUUUACCCGCCUCAUACUCGCAUCGUACAUGCGUCCAGUGGAACUGUAUGCAGUCUCGCCUACGCAGUCAGCCACCAAGGAGCCCGGAAACUGCUCCAGGAAUUCGACUCCCACUACGAUACCCAAUGGGACUUGAUGCUACAGAAAUGGUGCGAAGGAGGGUAUGUAGCCAAAGACAAGGCCCAAUCCAAAUUAGAGGACAGUGAAGAUGGCCAUAAACAUAACGCGAACGCUCCAGUUUGUCUCACAGUCCAACCACCCCUAUUCAGCCACCAUUACGCUAAAGGGGGUUCUUCAAACAUUCAAGGCCAAGGUGGCGGUUAUGCGACAGGAACGGGGACACCGUACAUAAGACUAAGCGUACGGGAAAACUUGAAGCGCUUGAUCGCCGGGGCACCGGAGGGCGAGAUGAUAGAUCAGUUGCCUGAUGACGGGAAGCCGAUUUGGAAAUAG